GUUUAUAGUGCCCCAGGAAAUUAUUACACCUUUAAUGCUGCAGAAAUGCACGGCAACGACCUCAACAUGACUAAGUGUGAAGUCUACCAGGUGCAAGAAUCCAAAAAAAUUGAGAAGCAAUGGAGGACAAUUACCUGGGAAUCACAGAAAAGGGCGGAGCUGAUGGACAGCAUUCAGGUCUACAAACCAAUUAUCAACUCUGUGUCCCAGGUUCGUGUUCUGCUCAUCGGACCAGUGGGAGCUGGAAAGUCCAGCUUCUUUAACUCAGUGUUCAGAGGUCAUGUGACCAGCCAGGCCAUCGCUGGCUGCUCCAGCACCAGCCUCACCACACAGUUUCGUACCUACUCUAUAAAAGCAGGACGAGAAGGAAAACCUCUGCCGAUCAUCUUAUGUGAUACAAUGGGACUGGAGGAAAGCACAGGGGCGGAGCUUGACAUUGAUGACAUCAGCAGCAUCCUUAAAGGUCAUGUGCCCGAUCGCUACCAGUUCAACCCCUCUGCUCCUCUGCAUUCUGAGGCCCACAAUUACCAAACGUCUCCAGGGUACAAGGAAAAGAUCCACUGUGUGACUUAUGUCUUUGACGCCUGCAAGAUCUCCAUCAUGCCAAAAAAGAUGGAGGAAAAGUUGGAUGCCAUACGAAGAAAGGUCAACUUGAUGGGGAUUCCGCAGCUGAUCCUGCUCACCAAAGUGGAUGAAGCCUGUCCUUUGGUGAAGGAGGAUGUGAAAAAUGUUUAUAAAAGUAUCUACAUUAAGGAAAUGAUGCAGGAGGUCAGCGAAAGGCUCGGUGUGCCUUUGUCCUGUGUGGUUCCAGUAAAAAACUACAGUGAGGAGCUGGAGCUGAACCCUGACUGUGACAUCCUGCUGCUCAGUGCCGUCAUCCAGAUGCUUCGCUUUGCUGACAAUUACUUUGACGAGCUCAGUGACCACAUUUGCAUAUUGUAUUUGUAUCUGUAUUUGUGCAACAAAUAAAGUUGCCUGUAAUCCAGUCACUUAUUGUGCACACAUUUGUCUGUGUUGCAAGAGGUGAUAUUAAAAUGAUAAUGUUGCAAGAAAUAUACAGUACAGGAAACUGCAUAAUUUAGGAAAAUGGAGGAAUUUACUGUGUAUACUUGGAAAUAUUCACUUAUGGAAUGUACAUUUCAAAAACCCACUGGCCUCCAUUCCAAAACUUGGCUUUGGGUAAAUUUUAAUCUUGAAUAAAACAAGUUUCUCAAACGAAUACAUCACCAUUCCUUCACAGUUCUUUUUAG